UGAUCUCUUUUCCAAGGGAGACCUCCCGCUGCUUUGGAGCCGCAGCUCGUCUCCAACAACGUUCACUCCUGAGACGUCAGAGCGACCCGACAGGCUGUGGGAAAUAGCGUGACGUCAUCACUGCGGGACGCCGUGCUGCGCAGGUUAGAGACUCGAAGGUGAAAUAAAUGAAUGAAAUGAAAUAUAAAGAUACAUCUAUUUGAUAACAGGAGCUCAUCAGGGACCGGAUAUCCGGGAGGGCUGGAGGAAGGAAGUCAGCAUGCGAACUGUAGGGGGGGCGCUGAGGUCCAGCGUCCUGAGGCGGGUCGGUUCUGCUGCUCCCAGACCUGAACCUCCACUGGGUCUCAGACCUGAACCUCCACCGGGUCCUGAACCUCCGGCAGCCGGACCCCCUGCUGUCUGCUGUUUGAUGUCAACCAUCAGGACUCUGUCUGGAAUGAGGACUCUGUCAGGAAGGAGGACUCUGUCAGGACUUGGGACUCUGUCAGGAAUGAGGACUCUGUCAGGACUUGGGACUCUGUCAGGACUCGGGACUCUGUCAGGGGUCCGGAGGCUCUCUGGUGGCCCUGAUGGUGUCCCUGGCGGUGUAGGGGUCUCUGAAGGGGUCCCUGAUGCUGUGGGGGUCCCUCCCGGGUGGUACAGCUCCCUCUCGGACUCAGCUCCGGUCCACCUGGUGGAACACUUCCUGCUGACGGUCCAGCAGGUGGGGGGGCUGCCCUGGUGGCUGAGCAUCGUCGUGGCAACGCUGUCGGUCCGGACCGCCGUCACUCUGCCGCUCGCAGCCUAUCAGACGGUGGUGCUGGCCCGGGUGGAGGCGCUGCAGGUGGAGAUCUCAGAGCUGGCUAAGAGGCUUCGAUACGAAGUGUCGGUCCGAGCGAGAGAGAGGAGUUGGACUGAGAAACAGAGCAGAUUCCAGUUCAAGAAGAACCUGCGGAGGAUAGUUUCUCAGCUUUAUGUCAGAGAGAACUGUCACCCCUUCAAAGCCAGCCUGCUGAUCUGGGUUCAGCUGCCCCUGUGGAUCAGCCUCUCUCUGGCCCUCCGGAACCUCACCCUGGAUCAGUCAGCUCUGCAUGCUGACCUGGCAGCAGGGGGCGCUCUCUGGUUUCCUGAUCUCACUGUACCGGACUCUACCUGGAUCCUGCCGCUCGGCCUCGGACUCACCAACCUGAUCAUCGUAGAGGUAACUUCUUCUUCAGGUGUUUUCUUUGCAGAGGGUGAACCCCUCUCGUCUUCAGAGGAUUGUAACGAACAGUAUCCGAGGGUUCUCCGUGUUGAUGGUUCCCAUCGCCGCUACAGUUCCCUCUGGUCUGGCUCUGUACUGGCUUUCCUCCUCUCUGAUUGGUCUGUCCCACAACCUGCUCCUCAGGUCCCGCCUCCUCCACAGACUCCUCCGACUGAAGACUGUCCGUCAGUCUGAGACUCCGUACAGAGACCUGCUGAGCGCCUUCAAGUCAAAAUACUGCAGAUAAACACACACACACACACACACACACACACACACACACACACACACACACACUUACUUUUUGAGGAGAAGUGUUCUGAUGUGUCAUUAAUUGUCUAAUCUGUGUGUUCUUCAAUCAAAUAAAACUUCCACAUUUGGUGUUUCUUUUUUCACGUCUGUAACCAAUAAAACAAUCAACAGUUAAAUCUAA